ACUAUUGGUCAAAGUGACAGGUCACUAAAUUAAAUUAGAAACUGUGUGUUUUUUUCCUGAUAGCAGCAAGUAUUCCUUGGCAACAAAUACAUAUACAACUACAUUCUGAAAUUGAGCUUUUACAUAUGAUAUUUGAAAACUACAUAUGUUUCUAAUUGUUUGUAAUGCUUUAUAUUAGUAAAUAUCAUCAAAAACAAUUUAACCUAUAGUUUUCUAGGUUUUAACAAUAAACGAUAGUUGUAAUGUUUCUACAACUUUGAUUGUAUACAAAAAUAGAUGAAUUGGUCAUUUUAAGUAACUUAAGUAUCUAUCAAAUAUGGCAAAUACAAAAUUACGAAUACUUGCUAUUCAUGGAUAUGCUCAAUCAGAUACUAUUUUUUAUACAAAAUUAGGAUCUUUGAGGAAAGGUUUCAAAAAAGAAGUCGAAUUUACGUUUCUGCGAGCCCCACACAAUGUUCCAAUGAAAAGUAAUUUUGGCAUUGAUGAAUCAGAAGAAGGGUAUGGGUGGUGGUUUAAUACAGAAGAUCAUAUAUUUAAAGCAAUUAUACCAAGUCAGUUAUGUGUAGGUUUUGAAGAUAGUAUAGAUUUAAUAAAAAAAGUAUUUCAAAAGUCUGGACCAUUUGAUGGUAUUUUAGGAUUCUCACAAGGAGGAGCAUUUGCUACUAUACUUACUAUGCAAAAAGAAAUUUAAAUAAAAGUUAUUUAUUUUUCAGUACUGGAA